UAUUAUUAUUAUUAUAACUGACAUAGUCCACAACAAAACUCCUACACAUUAGUCCCAUUACUAUGAUGUAAUGCAGUGAUACAUGACAAGAGCUAUAGGAAAUCAUUAUGAGUGGAUUCUAAGUAGUUUAAGUGUUAGAACUGGUUUAUUAUUAAAAAUCUACUGGUAGAUCAUAGACUCAGUUAAACUGUCUCAGUGUUUGGUCUGGUCAACAUCAACUGCCUGAAAAUUGAAACGAUGGGAAAUGCAGGAAUAAAAAAAUCAUCUGCUCCUAAAACUAAAACAGCAAAUGUGACGAGUGAAACUGUGACAUUUACUGAAAAUGUCUCUGCACCACCAAAAUCAGUGGAGAAAUCAAAUCUUGGUUUUAGCAGCAAAAAACGCUCAAGGGAACUUCCAAAACAUAUAAUGAUGACUAAGAAACCCAAUGUUCACUGGAGCGAUAUAGUUGGUCUCAAUGUUGCCAAAGAAGCUCUCAAGGAGGCAAUUAUCAUUCCUAUAAAAUUUCCCCAUCUUUUUAAAGGAAAAAGGAGCCAAGUCACUGGAAUACUCUUAUAUGGGCCACCUGGUACUGGAAAGUCCUACCUGGCAAAAGCUGUGGCUACUGAAGCUUCUUACACAUUCUUCUCUGUAUUACCUACUGACAUUAGUAAAUCGACUAGAGAAAACAAGCGCUUUAUAAAGAAUCUUUUUGAAGAAGCCAAGGCUAAAAAGCCUUCGAUCAUCUUCAUUGAUGAGAUUGAUGUGCUUUGUAACAACCGCUCAAUUUCUACGGAUGUUGGCACUGUUUAUCGAAUCAAGAAUGAAUUUUUCACACAGAUGCAGGGGCUGGAGAAUGGGGUUAUUGUAAUGGGGGCUACUAAUGUACCAUGGGUGCUUGAUUUAACAAUGCAGAGAUGGUUUCAAAAGUGCAUCUACACACCCCUACCAGAAAAGGCUGCUCGAAGGCAUAUGAUUGAGUACUUCAUUGGUACUGUCCCACACUGUCUGAUCCCACGUGACUUUGAUAGUAUUGUUAUGAGGACUGACGGUUAUUCUGGUGAAGCUAUCGAGGAACUAGUCAGAGAAGCACUGAUGAUGCCACUACGAAAAGUCCAGAGAGCAACUCAUUUCAAGAUGAGUAGCGGCCCCUCCCCAACUAAUUCGACAGUCUGUUCCGAUGACCUUCUGUCCCCUUGUGGUCCUCGUGAACAAGGAGCUACGGAGAUGUCUUGGAUGGACGUUCCCGGAGACAAACUGCUCGAGCCAAAGGUGACAGUUUGGGAUUUUAUAAAAUCCUUUGACAGCUCUCGGCCCACCGUGAACUCAGAUGAUCUGCAGAGAUUUGAGGAUUACUCCAAAAAAAUUAAACAAAGAGAUUUAUACUCCUGAGCAAUGAUUAAUUAUUAUGAUAAUGACAAAAUUAGACGUUUUUUUAUAAGGCAGCUUUAAUGAAUAACAUUAUGUAUCACAAACAUCACUCAUUACAAAUUUGAUUUCACAGUUUAUACAACAGCAUGUGGUUG